AAAACUCAGCUAUCUGUCAGUGGAGUCCAGUGUUUUUGUUUACAUUUUUGUUCCGUGUGAAGAAAUUGGAGUUUUCCCCCCAAAUGGCUGAGGAAAACGACAAUUCCUGUGAUAAAUUCGACAAUGAUGCUUGCAAGCCCGACAAAAUGUUCACCCUGAAGAAGUGGAACGCCGUGGCGCUCUGGAGUUGGGAUGUCGAGUGCGAUACUUGUGCUAUUUGCAGGGUGCAAGUUAUGGAUGCUUGCCUGAGGUGCCAGGCUGAGAGCAAGAAGGAUGCCCUGGGCAGGCAGGAUUGUGUCGUGGUCUGGGGUGACUGCAAUCAUUCAUUCCAUCACUGCUGUAUGGCUCUCUGGGUGAAGCAGAACAACCGUUGUCCACUGUGUCAGCAGGAAUGGUCAAUUCAGCGAAUGGGAAAAUAGAGGGGUUUGAAAAUUAAAAAAAAAAAAUUAGGAAUAAAAGAAAAAAUAAAGAAUAAAAAGUAUUUCUGUUUUUGAGAGCAAAAGACAUGCCCCGGGUGAGGAUCGAACUCACGACCUUAAGAUUAUGAGACUUACGCGCUACCUACUGCGCUACCGAGGCGUUGCAGGCUCUGGUC